UAGUAUUUGUUUAUAGAAUUGUGUAAAGUACCAAAAGCAAGAUGCGCCUCACAUGUUUUUGUUAUUGUUUACAUGCGGCGAGGAGCAACGAGGCAGGUUGGUGGUGGCUGAGGUGUAUUGCAGUAAUUGAAGAAACAAGGAUAAAAAUAACAGCAGAAACUCCAGAAACAUGAGAGAAAGUUCCUCUAAGCACAUGUGAGAAGACCCUCGCUGGUAUGUUCCAUCUAUGCAGGUCUUCGCUAUGAUCACAGAAAAUUUAUGGAAGUGCGGGAUAAUCACUCUCAACUUUGGCAAGGACUAUGGCUCCUGCACUGCCACCCUUGGAGAGACCAGAGUGUUGGCACAGGUGACAUGUGAGGUAGUGGAGCCUCGUCCCUCAAGGCCAAAUGAAGGAAAGCUCUCCGUAGCAGUGCACCUUUCCCCCAUGGCAGCACCACAUCUGGAGCCAGGCCGCACUAAUGACGUGGUGGAUGAGCUACAGCAGAUUCUUGACCGCAACAUUAAAGAGUCUCGUUGCCUUGAUCUGGAGUCUCUCUGCAUCCAGGCAGAGGAGAGUGUGUGGCAGCUGCGUCUGGAUGUGACUGUCCUCAACCAUGCUGGCAACCUUGGAGAUGCAUGCAACUUGGCAUCUGUGGCGGCACUGCGACACUUUCAUCGGCCAGAUGUAACAGUGGAGGCAGAUGGGCGGGUAACAGUUCACACCCUGGAGGAGCGUCAGCCGGUGCCCACCUUCAUGAGGAAAGUACCAGUCUGCCUCACAUAUGCCUUCUUCAUGGAGGGUGAGAAGUGUCACGUGGUGAUGGACCCCACUGAACAGGAGGAGAGGGUGAUGUGUGGCAGAUUAGUGGUGGGACUCAAUCCUCAUGGGGAAAUCACCUCACUGUUGUUCCCUGGGAGAGUGGUGAUGGAGAAGCAGACUCUUCUCUCUUGUAUCCGUAAAGCAUUUUCCAAGGCCAAGUCUGUGGCUGAGUCUGUACAGCAAGCCGUUGAUGAUGAUCUAGCCAAGCGUAAAGCUGCCUUCAUUAAGCCUAGUGGAUUUGUGGUCAAAAGCUUGAGGUCAGACCCUGGCUACAACCGCUGGCUAGUUGAUCAGAGAGUGAGUCAGAAGAGGCUGAAAGUGGAGGAGAAUGAAGUUCCCAUGGAGGAAGAAAUGUCAGACUCUCUUGAAGAAUCCAUGAAGCAGCCCAGAAGCACUGAGGACAGUGACCAUAAGCCACAGAUGACUCCGUCAGGUAAAAGCCCACAUAUGGAGAUGGACAGUGAUAUGGCUGAUGGUACUGAGGAAGAAGAUGAUAAUGAUGAUGAUGAUGAUGGUGAUGAAGAAGAAGAAGAGGUUCAGAGCAAACUUACUGCAAAAGAUUUACUCUGAGGCAGUAAGCCAGGUUAUCACUGAUUAUUUGAAAAGACAAGAAUAUAUGUACAUUUGUUAUUGCACACAUCAUUAAUAAAAAGUUGAGCUUUACA